AUAAAAACUAACUGACUUUUUGUUAAAGAUGCUCAACUUCACCAAACAUGUAGAAGCCAUUAGGCAGAACAUUACAUUAGCAUUUGAUGAGCUAAAACUAGCUGAUGAGAGGUCUCCUGAAAUUUGCUCCAAUUUCUCCACUCAAAGAAAUAACAUAAAGAGCACUAUUAUGGAGAAUUUGCUAAAAUUCCAGAAAAUAGCUUUGCAGUUUGAGAACCAAGCUAGGCUGCAAGAUGUUGAUCAAGAAAUCCUUUCAAUAAUGGAGUCCAAAUAAUGAGCUUAAUGCUAGAACCUUUCAGAAUAAAAUUGAAGAACUCACACAGAAGCAUGAAGACUCUCAGAGUGAAGCCCUCCGACUUAAGUCUGAGAACUAUAAGCUCAAGAAUGAAAUUGAGAGGCUGAAAUAAGCAGAUCAGCAGCUUUAGUUCAUCUGUUUACAAGAGUAGCAUAGACAGCACACAACAGAGGACAUUAAUUUCAACUGCUAAUGAAAGCUUCUCAAGUAACAGCUUUCUCUCCUCCAGAGCUGACUCGAAGUUGUUCAAGAAUCUACCCCAAGAGAAGAGAAAAUUAGCUAAUAAGUCUGAAGUGAGAUAUACUCAUACCAAAGCAGAGUCAAUGGACUCUCCACAGAAAAUCCAAAAGAAACAUAAUUUCUUAAGAAAUCAUAAGAGUCAGGAAGAGAUUUUACCAAAUAGAAUGAAAAAUGACUGUUAUAGUCAAGCUAAGGAUAGUUCCCUUAACCUUAAUUCCUCUGAAUUCUCAGAGGCACUUUAUAAGAAGAGGAGGAGCAGAGAUGAGCGGAAGAAGCCUGAAGUACUUCAGAACCCAACCUCAGAGAGUUUAGCAAAGUAUUUCAACAUUAAGAAAGAAUCAAAAGGAAGAAAUAUCCUUAUCCAACCCCGUGUCAAACAUCAGAAGGGUACUGCUGAUGUAUUGGCAGAAAGGAUUAGAACUAAAAGUGGAAAUGGAAUUCUGAAUUCUACUUAUUCCCCUUCAAAGGCUGUUAAAAGUACAAAAAUUCUUAAGGUGACUAAAACUAAAUCUCCUUUGCACUGAGCAAAAGAUCAACAUAAAUUUUAUAAGAGGAAGACAUCCUUUCAGACACUCAAAAAGAAGCCAAUUAAGCCAUCCGGGAGAAAUACUUAUGGCUGAUUGGCUUCCAAGCAAAAAUUUGUUCCAGCUCAGGCUCAAAGCUCUUCUACGUCGAUCUCUCUUCUUUCUAAGCCAAAGAAAGUACUCUGAUCUGAUAUUGACACUAGCCAUCCUUCCUUGUGCUUUCCCACAGAAGGACCCCUGACUAGCAGGCAGUCGAAGACUCCAGCUACAACUGGAGUCUCUCCAGUUGGGCUUAGUCUUGGUGGCUUCCAGAGCGGGCUAUUGGGGCUUCAAGAGAGAAGGAAUCAGAGGAAGAUUAAGAAGCAGCAGAUGAGCGAGGAAAGGUGAUAA